AUGGGCUUUGUUUUUUGCUUAUCCAUAUCAUUUCUAUUUCAAGAUGUAUACGCAAGUAAGCUCACACAGGUUAUCAUUGGAGAAGAGUUCAUGGAAAAAUGUGGUGAUCAUGGUGAUUUUGUCACAACCAUCGACAUGAAAGGUACUUACCACAUAAUGGCGCCUACUAAACAUCCAAUUUAUGAGAACUUCUGUGUCCAGGCUUUCAAAGCAAUGUUGACAGCAACUUCUUUAGAAGAACAGGUCAUUGAUCUUGGAGAGCUUAUGUCUCAGGCAGGUGAAACAGCGGUGGAUCAGGAGAAUAAGAUGAUCCUCCAAGGAAGGAGCCUGAGUAGAGAAGAAACACAAAACAAAGUAUGA